ACCAACAGACCAGGCUGGGCUCACUGUGUCCAUGGCUAUCCCCUCUGCCUUCCCUAUGUGCUUUGCAUGUCCACCACGGCUGACUGUCACCUUCACAGCCAGUGGCCACACAGGUAUGAGCUCAGGCAAACGUCUGGGUGUGGCCACCGCAUGAAGAUGCCUUGUUCUCCCAUGCCAUGAGUGCCCCACUGGGCCCCACGACUGUAUCCUGCUUCAGCCCCAGUUCCUUCCCUAGAGCCCUUAAGGCUGUCCACGUGUCCCCAGGCUGGAUAGUCACUAUGUAAAUGUCUGUGCAAAUGCCUCAGUGUGGGGUGGUCAGCUACACAGCAAGGCUGGGGCAUUUUCUAAAGCUGUUGCUUCUAAAGCAGUCAUGGGGCCCCAGGCAAGAACACUCCACUUGCUCUUUCUCCUUCUGCAUGCCCAGAAUAAGCCAGUCCAGCUGGUAGAGAACUCUGACUUCCACCUGGCUGGGGACUACCUCCUGGGUGGCCUCUUCUCCCUCCAUGCCAACGUGAAGAGCGUCUCCCACCUCAGCUACCUGCACGUGCCCAGGUGUAAUGAGUACAACAUGAAGGUGUUGGGCUACAACCUCAUGCAGGCCAUGCGCUUCGCCGUGGAGGAGAUCAACAACUGCAGCACUCUGCUACCGGGCGUGCUGCUCGGCUACGAGAUGGUGGACGUGUGCUACCUCUCCAACAACAUCCAUCCUGCGCUCUACUUCCUGGCACAGGAUGAUGACUUCCUGCCCAUCCUCAAUGACUACAGCCAGUAUGUGCCCCACGUCGUGGCUGUCAUCGGCCCAGACAACUCUGAGGCCACCAUCACCGUGUCCAACCUCCUCUCCCAUUUCCUCAUUCCACAGGUCACAUACAGCGCCAUCUCCGACAAGCUGCGGGACAAGCGGCGCUUCCCUGCCAUGCUGCGCACCGUGUCCAGCGCCACCCAUCACAUCGAGGCCAUGGUGCAGAUGAUGAUUCAUUUCCACUGGAACUGGAUCGUGGUGCUGGCAAGUAAUGAUGAUUAUGGCCGGGAGAACAGCCACCUCUUCAGCCAGCGUCUGAUCAACACGGGCGACAUCUGCAUUGCCUUCCAGGAGGUUCUACCCAUACCUGAACCCAGCCAGGCCCUGAGGCCCGAGGAGCAGAGCCAUCUGGACAACAUACUGGACAAGCUGUGGCGGACCUCGGCGCGUGUUGUGGUGGUGUUCUCACCGGAGCUGACCCUGCACAACUUCUUCCUGGAGGUGCUGCGCUGGAACUUCACCGGCUUUGUGUGGAUCGCCUCUGAGUCCUGGGCUAUUGACCCUGCUCUGCACAACCUCACAGAGCUGCGCCACACGGGCACUUUCCUGGGUGUCACCACCCAGAGGGUGUCCAUCCCUGGCUUCAGCGAGUUCCGAGUGCGCCGUGCCAAGCCAGGGUAUCCCAUGCCCAACAAGACCAACCUGAGGGCUACCUGUAACCAGGACUGUGACGCCUGCCUGAACAUCACUGAGUCUUUCAACAACAUUCUUAUGCUUUCUGGGGAGCGUGUGGUCUACAGUGUGUACUCGGCAGUCUACGCAGUGGCCCAUGCCCUGCACAGAUUUCUGCACUGCAACCAGGUCCACUGCACCAAGCGAAUGGUCUACCCAUGGCAGCUACUCGGGGAGAUUUGGCAGGUCAACUUCACCCUCCUGGGCAACCGGCUCUUCUUCGACCAACGAGGGGACAUGCCGAUGCUCUUGGACAUUAUCCAGUGGCAGUGGGACCUGAGCCAAAAUCCCUUCCAGAGCAUUGCCUCCUACUCCCCUACCCAGAAGAGGCUGACCUACAUCAACAAUGUGUCCUGGCACACCCCCAACAACACGAUCCCUGUGUCCAUGUGUUCCAAGAGCUGUCAGCCUGGGCAGAUGAAAAAGCCCAUAGGCCUCCACCCCUGCUGCUUUGAGUGCGUGGACUGCCCGCCGGGCACCUACCUCAACCGCUCUGCAGAUGAAUUUAACUGCUUACCCUGCCCGGGUUCCAUGUGGUCCUACAAAAACGACAUCACUUGCUUCAAGCGGCACCUGGCCUUCCUGGAGUGGUACGAUGUGUCCACCAUCGUGGUGACCAUACUGGCCGCUGUGGGCUUCUUCAGCACGCUGGCCAUCCUGCUCAUCUUCUGGAGACAUUUGCAGACACCCAUGGUGCGCUCGGCGGGUGGCCCCAUGUGCUUCCUGAUGCUGGUGCCACUGCUGCUGGCCUUUGGGAUGGUGCCUGUGUACGUGGGACCCCCCACGGUCUUCUCGUGUUUCUGCCGCCAGGCUUUCUUUACCGUCUGCUUCUCCGUCUGCCUAUCCUGCAUCACGGUGCGCUCCUUCCAGAUCGUGUGUGUCUUCAAGAUGGCCAGGCGCCUGCCACGUGCCUAUGCCUUCUGGCUGCGCUGCCACGGGCCCUAUGCCUUUGUGGCCUUCAUCACGGCCAUCAAGAUGGCUCUGGUGGCAGGCAACAUGCUGGCCACCACCAUCAACCCCAUUGGCCGGACGGACCCGGAAGACCCCACCAUUAUGAUUCUUUCGUGCCACCCUAACUACCGCAACGGGCUGCUGCUCAACACCAGCAUGGACUUGCUGCUGUCCGUGCUGGGUUUCAGCUUCGCUUACUUGGGCAAGGAACUGCCCACCAACUACAACGAGGCCAAGUUUAUCACUCUCAGCAUGACCUUCUCCUUCGCCUCCUCCACCUCCCUCUGCACCUUCAUGUCCGUCCACGAUGGAGUGCUGGUCACCAUCAUGGACCUCCUAGUCACUGUGCUCAACUUUCUGGCCAUCGGCUUGGGGUACUUUGGUCCCAAGUGUUACAUGAUCCUUUUCUACCCGGAGCGCAACACUUCAGCUUACUUCAACAGCGUGAUCCAGGGCUACACCAUGAGGAAGAGCUAGCCCCGCCCACCGGCCUCAGCAGAGAGCCCCCAGCCAUGCUACUGGUGUUCUUCUGCCUUUCUCUGCAGCCUAGCUAUUUUUACCCACUUAGCGCUUGAAAAUAC